AUGUCGAAAGAAAAGAACUGGAAAGGCACCACGCCGACCACCAAGUCGGACGCCCUCAACAAGCCGGGCACUUCUCUGCUCAGCGUCAACGGCAAGUAUGUUGGCUGGGCCCACACCAUUGUCGCCAUGUCUGCAUUUCUGGGAGCCCUCAUCAUCGGCUGCGCUCUGCACUACAAGAAGAUUGUCCAGAACGAGCACUUUGGCUACCCCGACGAGUGGUUCCCCAGUGUUUCAGCGGCCAUUGGUGACCGAUACCCCGAGCGAUCUGUGUUCCAGGUCUUCAUUGCCAUCACUUCUGGCCCUCGAUUUGCCCUUGUCAUUCUCUGGUUCCUGCUGACUGUCGCUCACCGACCCCGUCUCUCCAUGAUGAUCCUCAUCUCCGGUCUGAUGCGAACCCUUACUUGUGGCGGUUGGACCUAUGUCACCUCCACCGACGACCACGACUGGCACGACAUCUUCAUGAUCUCCUACAUGGUUCUGACCAUCCCCUGGACCGUGGGAUGCACUCUUUGCACUCGAGACGCCAAUGCUCGAAAGUGGAGAAAGAUCGUCGCUACCUGCUUCUUCGGAUCAAUCCCCCCCCUCAUCUACUUCUUCAUCCAGCACAAGGUCCACCAUAUUGCCGGUGCCUACACCACCUACGCCUUCCUGGAGUGGGCCCUCGUCAUCUUCGACGUGAUGUUUGACGCCGUCACCGUUCUUGACUUCUCUGCUCUGGAGCUUAAGGUUAUCGAUGCCAAGGGAGUCACCGCCGUGACCGAGCCCAAGAAGGUCCUGGCCACCGCUGGCUUCAACUUCUUCCGAUUCUCAAUCGACGUUGCCAACGCUACCAUUUUCUGGUCUGUGCUCACCGCCCUGCCCCUGCUUAUCUGGUACUUCCCCCUGUGGUUCAUGGGCAUCUCCGGCUACGAGGCUCUACUGGUUUCCAUCUGCGCACCCGUCAUCCUCUACAUUUCUCCCCUCCGAAAGUUCUUCAACCUCGUCCCCCAGCUGCCCCUGCUGCUCGGUGUCACCGGAAUUGCUGCGUGGUGGAUUCCCGGUCCUAUCCCUCGACUCGAGGCUGUUGGCUUCGGCGCUGGUUUCUGCUGCAUCGCCAUGGCUAACACCUUUGCCAACUCUGCCUCUCGACCUCUGCUCGGCACCUACAAGGGAUCUGCCUUCAUCCUGGGUCUGAUCAUCACCUCUCUUCUCAAGUUUGCCCACUGGACCAACAACCCCAUCUGGCCCAUCAUGCACGAGGCUAACGGAGGCUGGAAUACCGCCGGUGUCAUCGUGGGCGUCGCGGCUGCCCUCCUGGUGUCCAAGCCCCAGAAGAACUCUGCCCAGGUUCCCGUCCAUCCCUCAGAGACCUCCAUUGGCGCCGCUUUCGGUGUCGGUGGUAUCAUCUUCGCCCUGCACUCUCUACUCUCCGAUACCUCAACCAUCAUUCUCUGGGUAUGGGACGGCUACCCCGUUAAGGGUCCCGUUCCCGUUCCGUACGGAGUUGUCACCAUCCUGGCCAUGUGCCUCGGUGUCUGGCUCGGAACAAAGAAGCUUGCCAAUGGCUGGAUCCCCUUCCUGGCUUCUUGCGUCGGAACAACUAUCCUGUACAGUUUCCACGGAUGGAUCGGGUACGCUGGAGGUCUCACCCUGACCGUCUACCUGUGUGCAGUGGCUCCCGCUUUCCUUGAGAACCUCGGCCGAUACAACUCCGGUACCUGGGGUCUCGCCAUGCUCGUAACCACGCUGCUGUACCUGGCCCAUGUCUGGAUCGUUGCCUAUGCCUUUGUUCCCGGAGGACCUGCUCUCCGAGAACGAACCGACUACGUUCUCAUUGCCCAGCAGCUCUCCAUUGGUCUCGGUGUACUUGCCCAGUCCAAGAUCAGCAACACCAAGAACAACACCAAGUCCAACGCUUCCACAGACGCUUCUCUGCUGAAGAAGAUCCGAGCCCACGUUAUGCUAGCUAUCAUCUUCAUUGCCACUGCCACCGUUGCUGUCGGCUACAAGCGAUUCGACCAGCCUGCCCCUGUUCCUUACCACCCCGAGGAGAAGCUCAUGACGGCUGGUAUCUGGACUGUCCACUUUGGUCUCGAUAACGACAUGUGGGCCUCCGAGGUGCGAAUGCGGAACGUCAUUGAGGAGCUUGAGGUUGACGUGAUUGGUUUCCUCGAGUCCGACACCCAGCGUGUCAUUAUGGGUAACCGAGAUCUCGGCCAGCGAAUCGCUGAGGAGCUCGGCUACUACUACGACUUUGGCCCCGGACCCAACAAGCAUACUUGGGGCUGCUGCUUGCUCUCCAAGUUCCCCAUUGUUAAGUCUACUCACCAUCUGCUUCCCUCUCCCGUCGGUGAGCUGGCCCCUGCCAUCCAUGCUACUCUGGACGUGUACGGUGAGCUUGUUGACGUUGUUGUCUUCCACUCUGGACAGGAGGAGGAUGUUGAGGAUCGACGACUGCAGUCUCUCGGCAUCUCCGAGAUCAUGAAGUCCGCUCCCGAGGGUCGACCUCUGAUUCUGCUGUCCUAUCUGGUCACCAAGCCUCUGCAGGACAACUACCUCACCUAUGUUGAUGCCUCUGGCAUGACCGAUAUCGAUCCUUCCGACUGGGACCGAUGGUGCGAGUACAUUCUGUACAAGAACAUCAAGCGAACCGGCUACGCUCGAAUCUCUCGAGGAACCAUCACUGAUACAGAGAUCCAGCUUGGUAAGUUUGUUCUUGACGACAAGACUCCCUCAACCAACAACCGAAUCCAGGACGAGAACCAGGUUCCCGCUGGCCGACGAUUCCCCGAUCUGUUCCGAGGCCAGGGUGUCCGUGGCCAUCGAUUCCAUGUCCUUGACGAGCCUGAGACUGGCAGCGGCUCUCCCCGAUACUUUGAGUAA